CUGAUCUCUUCCUGAAAAGGCCGGCCUUGAGUCCUUGACACCUGUCAGUCGACCAAGACUAAGUUUUCCAAGAGGCUCACUAGGGCGUAUGAAGGCAAAAGCUUUUCGUCCCAGUUUACGAGAAUUCGAAAAUGGCAGACACUAGCAGGUUCCACUGUUUCAUCAGUCAUUCGAACAGUCUUGCACCGGCAGCGUCAGCGGCACUUGAGCCGCUGACCGGACACAGCACGGGCAAUUCGAAACAGGCUGUCCACCUGGCAGCGCGUCGGUUCCGCCGAACACGCAAAAUACAUCGGAUGAGUGAAAGUCACGAUGCGGCCCACCAGAGACACCUAGACCAGGCAAUGCAACGACCCGGAAAACUGCCACCAUCGCUUGACUGGGACAUUGACGGAACUCUCAUUGAGAAAUGCAUGUUCCAUCACGUUCGUCGGGUUACCAUUCCUGGAUUUCAAAACCUAGCGCUCAUGACCAAGCUUUGGAACAACUACAUCAUACCGCUGGGCUACUAUUCAGACUCUGUCAAACAUGCUUUGAUAGGGCUCGGUCUAUCGCACAGAGCUUUCCUUGAUGGCUAUUCGCAUGCGAGCAAAGUUACGGAAGAUCGAGACUUUGUAAGCCUGGCCAUGUCGUACUAUGGCAAAGCUCUAAAGUCAACACUAGCGGACAGUGAGAAUCUUUCUACGACGUCCAUCAGGAUUUCUCUCGUCUCUUGCCUCGUCUUUGUCUGUUUCGAAAUAAUCGAGGGACGGUAUGACAAAGCAAUACAGCACUUACGGGGUGGCUCUAGGAUCCUCGGCUCUAUUCGAGAGGCAGUAGAGAGUCUCGAGAUGAACGGGGCUGGAGCGUUAUCCCCUUCACAACUUUGUCUCGCCAAGACAGCCAACAAGUACUUUGAUCAGCUUUCUGAUAUCGCCCUCAUGUUCUCUUGCAUUGGGGUUGACACGGCCUAUCUGCUCGAGGCUGAGGUCACUCCUGAUCUAGACUUCUUCUUACGGUCUUCAGCCGUACUAGAGGCGUCUGAAAAUGAUCCUUUCAAAACCUUGGACGAAGCCCGACUUGAGCUUCACCGUGUUGAAAAGGCAUUAGGCUCUAUCAUUGGCUUCAACUUUCGCCAGGCUCCACCACUUUAUUGGGCCUCAAUUCUGGAUCUACCUGGCGACAUGUCCCCUUUCGAAGAUGAGGUCUUCGAGGCUUGGAUGAAAGCGCGGUAUCGUCUGGACAAGUGGAGCGCCAGAGUGGAUUUGAGUAUCAAGAUUUGGGAGUCUGAUUCGUCAUUAUCUCCAGAGGCUUUGAAAGAGGCCCAAGUUAUGACAUUCAUCCAGAAUGAUUGGAAGUUGAUCAUCAAGCAGUGCGAAACCUCCACCAUUGACACAAUUCCUCCUGCCAUCUGGAGAACUAUGCUCGACAGGGCUGAAGCCUUUUGCCCGUCCGAGGAAGAGAACUCACAACAGCUACCACAUUUUAAUAUUGCUGCAGAUACGGUCCCGCCGCUGGUAGUGGUUGCUACCUUUUCGCGAGACCCCGAAGUACAAUCGAGGGCUAUCUCGCUACUCUACUCUAUGAAGCGAAGAGAAGGUAUGUGGGAUAGCCGCGAGAUUGCCAGUAUUUUGGAGUCAAUCAACGCAGUUCGGGCGAGCGAUCUGUGGGACAAGGAAUAUGAGACAGCUUCGCUUCCGACCUUGGCAGAGAAGGUGCUAUCUCGGCACCUAUGUUGUAGAGACGAGCAGAUGCCGCUGGCUACGUUGAUGAAUCAGGGAUUCGCGUGAGCAUGGGCAUGUUACCGAAGAGCGUAUUCGAUGUUUGCAUAUACAAUACCAUUGAGACAGCUUAUCCAGGUUUGAAGGAACAGGGCUUUUGUCGGAAGGGUGUCCCGGUUCCACGGCCACGGGUUCUGCUCUACGCCCUGGAAGAUGGUG